AUGCCAACAUCAAUGUGAAAAUGGAGGAGAAUUAGCAAAGAAACUGAAAGAGAAACUGAAGAAUUUAGAGAGGAAACUGGAAGAAAAACUAAAAGGGAAGCUCGAAAAAAAGCAACUAAAAACUGAAGGAAAAACUGAUGAAAAAGGAAGAAAAAUUGAAAAGAGAAAUUAGAGAACAAACGGGAGAGGAUGCUAAAGUAG